UGUUGGACAGAGAGAGAGACACACAGAGAGAGAGACAUAGAGGAGCAGCAGGAUAAACCUCCUCAUUCACCCACGACACCGCAUCUUCCAGGCCGAAGCUCCGGAGAGACACCCGCAGCUUCCACCGCAAGGAUCCGAUCCAGCAGAGCUCUGGGACUCUGAAGAAACCGCAUCUGAACAGGGGAACAAUGAAGAUGCUGCUGCCUCUGGUAAUCCUCCAGCUGCUCCUGGCUCCAGCUCUCAUGGUGCCCAGCGUGGAUCGCUGGGACACGUGGGCUCCUUAUGGAGAAUGCAGUCGCAGCUGUGGCAGCGGCGUGACCAUGAGAACCAGACGCUGCAUCACACUCAGGACUGAUGGAGGACACAACUGUGUUGGACCAGAUAAGUCGUACCGCUCCUGCAACAUCCAGGACUGUCCGGAGGGAUCCAGGGAUUUCCGUGAGGAGCAGUGCUCCCAGUUCGAUGGGACAAACUUCCAGGGGAAACUGUACAAGUGGCUCCCGUAUUAUGGAGCUGAGAACCCCUGUGAGCUGAACUGCAUGCCGAGAGGAGAAAACUUUUUCUAUCGCCACCGCAGCUCUGUGGUCGACGGGACGCCCUGUCACCCAGGACGGAGGGACGUCUGUGUGGACGGCGUCUGUAAGCGUCUGGGCUGUGACAACAUGUUGGAGUCUCCUCAGCAGGAGGACCCCUGCCUGCAGUGUGGGGGCAAUGGACAGUCCUGCCGCCGCGUCAAGAACAGCUUCAGUGUGCGAGACAUGCCCAACGGCUACAACCAGAUGUUCAUCAUCCCAGUCGGAGCAACAACCAUCAGCAUCAGAGAAACGGUGGCUACGCGCAACUACCUCGCGAUCAAGAACCUGCGAGGUGAGUACUACCUCAACGGCCACUGGGUGAUUGAGUUCUCCAGGGCAACACCCAUUGCGGGCACCAUGCUGUACUACCAGCGAGGCGCUGAGGGCGACAACGUCCCUGAGACCAUCAUCGGCCGCGGCCCCACCACUGAACCCCUGGUGGUUGAGCUGAUCAGCCAGGAGCCAAACCCCGGGGUGGAGUAUGAGUUCUACCUUCCUAACGGUCGCUCCAGAGAGGGCUACUACUGGAGCUUUGGAUCGUGGUCCGCCUGCAGCAGAGAGUGUGGAUCAGGCUAUCAGUCUCGCUUGGUCUUCUGCACCAUCGACAACGAGUCCUACCCUGAUUAUCUCUGCGCAUCUCUGCCGAGGCCUCAGACCAACCGCACAUGCAACCCUCACCCAUGCCCCGAAGUCCACAGCUGGAGAACUGGGGAGUGGAACACCUGCUCGGUCACCUGUGGUGGAGGCUCCCAGAUCCGCAGUGUGCAGUGCAUCUCCCAUGAUGCCUCAGGGUCCCGCGUGGUGGAGGAUGCUGUUUGCGCCACCUACACCGAGGCACCUCCAUCUCUGCAGACCUGCAACAUGCAAAAGUGUGCCGAGUAUCACGUGACCAGCUGGAGUGCGUGCUCUGUGACCUGCGGUUCGGGGGAACAGACCAGAGAGGUCACCUGCGUGGGUUCAGGUGGGAUGAGGCUGGAGGAAACAUCCUGCAGCACGUUGCUCCGCCCGCUCGCUGUCCAACCCUGCGAUAUGGCCGCCUGCCCGAUGGAGAUCAACUGGCACGUUGGCGAGUGGGGCCUGUGUUCCAAGAGCUGUGGCUCCGGCUCUCGAGAACGCCAGGUGAUCUGCUCAGACCGAGAGAGGAACCUGUACCCUGUGGGCCGGUGUAACGCCCACCCCAAACCCUCCACAGUGGAGCGCUGCAACAGACAGCCCUGCUACAGUCCACAGGUUGUCCCCAGCGUCCAGGACCCACGAGGACAUGACAACACUCAGACUGUCUUCCAGCCGUACGCUCCAGAUCACGCAUCAGUCCGCAGGCCGGAGACGGAUCCAACCCAGACGAACACGGUCCACGACCCUCACAGCUCCGCCCCUGCCCUCCACUGUAGUCAGUCGUAUUACGGCUGCUGCCCGGACGGACGCACUUCAGCCGGAGGCCCUCAGGGUCUGGGCUGCCCACAGGUCGUAGCUCCAACUCCUGUCCUGCCGUCCUGCAUUCACACCAGUUUCGGCUGCUGUCAGGAUGGUGUGACGGACGCUCAGGGCCCCAACAAGGAGGGCUGUGUGGAGUUUGUGGCCCCUGCACCCACUACUGCUCCUUCCCUCCCCACUGAGAACGCAGUACAGUGUCGAACCACCACCUACGGGUGCUGUUACGACCGCACCACACCUGCAGGGGGACCCAACGGGGAGGCCUGCCCGAACCCACCAAACCACAUCGAGCGCUCCAUCUGCUCCCUGCCUCGUGCCGCCGGCUCCUGCAGCAGCUGGAUCUCCCGCUACCACUUCGAUGUCAUCACCUCCAAGUGCGUGCACUUCUGGUACGGCAGUUGCCACGGCAACAGCAACAACUUCAUGACCCGGGCCGAGUGCCAGAGGGCGUGUCAGGCGCCUGCACCGAGCCAGCAGGGCCCCGAGCUCCCGGCUCCCGCGGGAGAGCCAACAUCGAGGAGGGAAUCCACCCCUGGGAGGCCCACAUCUGGAAGAGGCUCCACAUCUGGAGCAGGCACCUCAUCUGGAGGAGGAUCUAGAGCAGGCGGGUCCACCUCUGGAGGGUCAACGGGCGGGCAGUCACGCAACAUGGGGAGGAUUUUCACAGUCCAGGGAGGUUCGAGCACCGGCACCGUCAGACAGGCCACAAGCGCUGCCACAAACGCCCACAGAGGAAGAACCUAUCUGCGGGGACGCCGGCCUUCACCCGUCACCGCUGCACAGCACAGCAGCCCAGCAGCGAGGUAAGACCCCGGAGACCCAGGGAGCACGGCAGACAGCCCUCUACCUGCUCCAGCCCUGACGCCACUGGUCCUUUAACGCUGUUUACUCCCUUCCUGCCCUCGCUGAAGGAGCCCCUCUGACCCACCACGAUUCUGUGGGGCCAGAGAGGGAGCUGAAGGAGAAACAUCAUCCAAAGACAUUCACUCACCUCCCAAAAUAUUAUGAUGAUGAAGUUGAUGUUAAAUUGCUCCACAAACAUUUUUAAACAUUACAACAAAAGUCCGAAAAUGAAGGGUUUUAGACGUUUUCAGUAAAAUGUAUCAUCUGUAAUCGUAAAAGACUAAAUCUUGGCUUCUUUUCCAAGUUUUUGAGACUCAAUGAUCUGAUUUAAAGAGUAACUCAACACCUUGUUUGUAGUGACCUCUGGUGGUUGAACUCCUCACCCUGCUGCAGUGAUGUAGAGGUGUACCUCAGGGUCAGUCAGUGCUCUGUGACGUCCUGCACGGGUCCAUUAUUGCAAACCUGCACCUGCAAAUCUCCGUAACUGACUAAUUACCCACUAAUAUGUCCUCAUCCAAUCCAGACCCCCUAACACCCGACCUGUGAUUAAACACAUGAGCUACAUCCACGGUUACAAACUCCUCGACCUCCUGUUCUGGUGGUUAAGUUGUGUUUAAUUACAUUUCUCCAAAGAAACAAACUUGAGUUCUCACCUGCUGCCCUCAUGCUUUUAUUUAAUUUCUAUUUAACCCGGUGCAGGACUCACAGAUACGACACAGCAAAGUUCAGAAUCACUGUUUUCCUGCCUGAUGUUGAGUUACUCUUUAAAGACGACUAUUCUCAUUUUGUUAUUAGCAGAAUAUUGUGUGCUGUGCUUUAUUUUAUGCAUCUCGCUCUUCAUGUAGAUGAAACCUUUGCUUCGUAAACACGCUGCAGCUCCACAGACGCUCACAUUCACGCCUGCUUCAGUAGCAACACCUUGUUUCUCUUGUUUAACCUCGACAACAUGUCAGGAGAAGUUGAAAACCUCACAGCGACCCGACACGGACUCCUCUCUGUUUUAUGUUUCUGGGACUUUUCACCGUCUGUGUGGAGUUAGUAUCAGUUUCCCUCUGGUUCUUAUCUGUGCCCCUCUACCUCACCCUGUCGGUCGGCACCAGCUUUGUGUUUUCACCUCGAUGUCUUUAGAUCAAAACUAAUAAAGGUUCUGCUGUGAUGCUUCACGUCCUCGUUUGUGUGUCGUCACUAAACUCUGUCGUUUCCACCUCACUGUUGUGUAGUUGUGUUGAAGUUGUCGCUGGGAGAUGUUGCUUGUGUCCACUUCUUACUGUGGGUUUUAUUUGGUGUAAAGAAAACUGUCCUUCGUCUUCUGGUGUGUGUCAACAUCACCUCCUAGUUUUUAACAUUAGUUAAUGUUGUGUAUCUUUGUUGUUUCGAGGGACAACAUCGUGUGUCUGUGUUUUCUCGUCGCAUGUUGAGCCUGUUGUGUCUUCGUCUCUCGUCUUUUCUUCUGCUGCCGGUUUGUAGCCGUUCUUUAUGUCUGCUGUGGUGACGACUAAUCAAAGAACCAACAGGAGCAUAAAGUGACUCUUUCUUUUCAUCCUUCAUUCUCUGUUUCCUACAU